AUGGAAGCUUUGGGUGAAGAAGGAACUCCGAUAGAAAUCUCAAAUUUCGAUGAAUUAGCCGAUAUGUUUAGCAGCCAAGGCGACCAGGGUGAUUUAGCUAGAAAGAUCUUGUAUGAAAUUAGCCAAAGGUCGGACGCCUGGCUUUUAAUGCAUCCAAUUAUCUCAGAAUCAUCAAACGAGAACAGUAGAGCUCUAGCGUUAAAUUUGUUUUCACAGGGAAUUAAAAAAUCAUGGAAUAUUCUCUCAAAUGAGCAAAAAGAUUACUACCGAAAAUACUAUUACGAUUUUGCCAUCAGCUGUAGUGAGGCUGGUGUUAACCAAUUUAUUCAAUCUAAUGCAAAUGCCGUCUUAAUCGAAAUAGUGAAAAAUGAAUGGCCUUUUAAUUGGCCUAAUUUUACGCAUACAAUCAUUAACGAUUCAAAAAGAGGAGAGGCCGUAUGUAUAAAUAAUUUAAGAAUCUUUGCGUCUCUUUCUGAUGAAAUUCACGCAGCAAGAGAUGAAAAGUUAACAUCCGAUCGUUUAGCUGAACUGGAUCAACAGCUCGAGAAAGAUUUCGGGCUUAUUUUUCAGCAUAUAGAAAGCGUACUAGAAAGAGCAGAUUCCGUUCCGUUGAGGGCGGAAGGAUUAAUGGCGUUAUCUCACUAUCUUGGAUGGAUUGAUCUUAGACUUAUAAUAUCAUCAAGACUGUGCUCACAGCUUGUCACAGAAUUACUGCCAAUAGAAGAAUACCGAAUUCAUGUUAUUAAUUGUUUUACAGCCAUUGCGAACCACCACGAUGCAAAAGCUGAUAACGCAAUGACACAAAUAUUCGAAAUGCUCAUUGCUAACUUAAGCCUUUACCUACAAACCCCAGAAGAUAUCGAAUAUUUGGAAGCUCCACUCGGAACAGCAAUUGUCGAUGCGCUAUCAUCGUUUUUAUUACUAGACUCUUGCGCUAUACUACAGACUAACCCUACGCAAUACAAUCAAAGCGCUUUGAAUUGGAUGGCAACAUUCGUAGCUUUUACGGGAGAAGAAACAUUCUCUACAUGUAUCGAGAUGUGGUAUGCAAUAUCGAUGCAAGCAGUAAUAGAUAAACACAAAAUGUCGCAAGCAAUUCCGCCGGAAAUUAUUAUUCCUCUUAGAACUAUCCUAGUUGGCAGAAUGGCUCGCCCAACGAAAUUUAUUAUCGCUAUAAGUUCAGAAGGCGAAUUAUGCCUCGCAGAUAAUAGAUCAGAUACAGCCGAUGCAGAAUUUUACAAUAAAAUCUCCGGAACUCUAUUCAACCUAUGCAGAAUAUCAAACGGUGUCGAAGUACUAGACGAUAUACUCGAAAAAAUAAGCGGAACCUUUACAUUAGAAAAUUUACCAGGAUAUUACUCAGCUGGAGCCAUUGCCGGCGCUCUUCGUAAAGAUAUUGAUACAAAGUUCGUUCACAGCGUACUCUCUGUCGUCAACGAAAGCCUUGACUUCUCAUUUCCUACAUUAGAAUCCGUAAUGGCCGCUGCCUGCUUCAUGUACAUUUCCUCAAGUUACGGCCACAUUCUGAGGAACGACUGGUCAUUACUUGGCGACAUAUUGACCCGUUUCAUAGAAAUAAUUCAAUAUCCAUGUCCACAAUUACAGACAUUUGCCAUCAAUUGUCUCGAAACGAUCUCACUAUCAUGUUACCAGCAAAUCAACGCUACACAUCCACCUGAAAAGCAGUCCCUUACCCAACAAUGGCUAUCAAAUAUAACUCAUUUCAUCCAGAUCCUUCCUUUCGAUGCCAUUCCCACUCUUUUCGGUAUGUUCGCAAACUUAGUCAAGAGAUAUCCACAAGGUCCUGCCAAAACAGAACUAAUUUCCUUGUUAUUCGGACCUCCAAUAGAUGCAUUGAACUCUUCCAUCGAACAACUCACUCACGGCAUUGACGACAGCAUCGAGUUCACCAUGGGAAUCAUUGUUCCUCUCGACGCACUCGGGAAAGUUGUCAGUAUUUCCGAUGAAAACUUUUACGAGUUCACCUCACAAAUCAUUGGCCAAUGUUGCAGUAUCAUGGAAUUCUACACUAUGAACAUUGCAAAAACAGGUGAGAAUUUCCAGUUGCAGCGUGUGAAGACAUCAUUGAUGAAAUUGUUUGAAACAUUCUUCGAAGCAUUUCCAACAACGGAGACAGCAUUAGAACUUGUUGGUAAAUUGCUUGAAGACUUCCAAUCAUUGGAUACAUCAUUGAAAUGCUAUGGCACAUUAGAUGCUAUUUCUAAACUUAUAAUCAAAACACCACCAGAAAAUCAAGGUUUCCUUGGUGAUGUCAUUAAUGUCCUUGUUUUCUCAAUCAGUGAAGAAUUGUUUGUUAACAUGGUUGAUUUUCCAGAACUUAGAAAUUCAUUCUUCAAUUUAGUGGCUACGAUCAUUACUAAUUCUAUUGAUAUCACAAACUGUGACAGAGAUAUUUUUGAAAGUCUUAUGAAAUUCAUUUUAUAUGGUGUUGGUCAUCCACAGCACCAGAUUUGCGAGAAAUGUUUGAACUGCAUCUCAUCAGUUGUUGCACGUGUUGACAAUGUCGAUAACAUUGAUUUCAAACAUGAAUUCUACUCAGCAUUCUUCUUGUCUAUUGUUGGAACUAUUCUUGAAGUAUUGACUGAUUUAAGUCACAAGUUCAUUUUCCAACACAUUGUUCAAGUUUUUUUCCACUUGAUGCAAAUUGUUUGGAAAGGAUCUGUAAUUAUCGACAGCGAAAUAGAUCCACGUGUUUUUGUUUCCGAUUGUAUGUCACAGAAGUUAAUGCAGCUGUUUCCAACUCUUGAUCAAGACAGCACACUUAACUUGUCACAGAGUUUGGUGAAUGAAGUCGAGAGUUUGGAGAAAUUCAAGCAGUUGUUGGCUGAUUUCCUUAUUAACUUGAGAAAGGCAUCACCUAAGGAAUUCAUGAUGUACAAACGAGUUGAACCACAAGAAAAUGAACAAGACACAAUCCUUGUUGAUGAAACAGGAGAACCACAGAUGUUUAUUGAUGAUGCAACACACACAGAAAUUUCAGAGUUCUAA